GCGGCGUCGUGUUGAGCCUGUGUAUGUGUGAGUAAUUUCGAGAGACUGCGAUAUAAUGGAGGAUUUGGCAGAAUAUCACGGGUCAAUCAGCAAGAAGCAGGCAGAAGACAUCCUGAACUCCACGGGCAGAGAUGGCAGUUAUCUGAUCAGAGACAGCCUGAGCUCCGCCGGCGCUUACUGCGUGUGUGUGCUGUGUGAUGGAUGGGUUUACACCUACAGAAUUUUCAAUAAGGAUGGCCUCUGGACAAUAGAGAUGGCUCCUGGAAUGAAGGAACGGCUCUUUAGAAAUGUCAGUAACCUCAUUGCUGCCUUUAAGAUGCCAGACCAAGGCAUCUCUUUUCCUCUUCUGUAUCCUGUGAACAAACCUAAACAUUAACACACUUAAAGUUAACACUUGGAAAAAUUGUAAAUUCCUGUAAAAGUAUAUUUAAGCUUGGAGAAUAUGUAAGGAGACGAGCCAAAUAACUGAAUUAAUCAGUUUCCUAAUCAGAUUUAUCAUGUAAUAUAUAUAAUAUUAAAGUAAUAACAGCAA